AUGACGUUUUCGUUUUGGUGGAUUUUUACCUAUUAUUUCCGUUCCAUCAUAAAAUGGUUUUUAAGAAAAACAACAGGACUGUGUGAACUGCAAAGGAUAUGUUAUGGUGAAAUACCUGGAGCUCCAAGGAUUAGAAAAGUUGAGUAUUCAUUGUUUAUGUCCAAAUCACAUCAAGUAAAGCAACUUAUACAGCACUUAAACAGUAUAUCAGACAACAAUGGGUUCAUAGGUCCAAAUGAGUCCGAAAUAUUGAAUGGAGCUGUUAAAGUAGUGAUGUUAGUGAAGAAAAUUGAUCCCAAAAUACAUUUUCAAUUUGUUAAAAGCUUUGGAAAGUGUGUAGAGCAAAUUUGGGGGUACAGGCAACUUAUUGCUGAAGCAGAACAACUAAGAACAAUGAAUUAUGAUUCGGAUGAUCCUGAACAUGAGGCAAAGCUGCAAAAUUUGUGGAUGAAGCUUAAACCUAAUGAGAAAUUAGAAGGUCGAAUCACAAAACAGUGGCAGGAAAUCGGUUUCCAAGGAGAGGAUCCAAAAACUGAUUUUAGAGGAAUGGGGCUUUUAGGUUUAGAAAACUUACUGUAUUUCUCAACAGUAUACAGCUCAGCAGCUCAACAUGUUUUAGGACAUUCCUACCACCCUGUGUAUGGGUAUUGUUUUGCCAUUGUUGGCAUUAAUCUCACUAGUUUAGCUUGGACUUUGUUAAAAGAGGGCAGUGCAAAGACUUACAUAUAUAACAACUCUGCGGGUGCUCCUUCAAUUAAAUUAUUUCAUCAGUUUUAUAGUUACCUGUUUUAUGAGUUUGACAGAUUUUGGAUGGAUUGUAAGCCUAAGGACAUUAUGGAGUUUUCUAAUAUUAAAAAUAAGUUCGAGGAUAAUGUUAGGAUGAUUCUCCAGGAUCCUACAGCAGAUUUUAGAAUAGGUGUUACAGUUGACAAUGUGUAA